AUGAGGGUUUCUCUACCAUUAUGGUUCCAAAGCCUCACCAAGACCGGGUAUCAUAGAGUUCAUGAUGAAGAGGAGAAGGAGAAGGAGAAGAUCCCACAUGGAGGACGAGGGGUUCUGUCGAGGAUACGGAACAGCAGUUCGCGUGUGAAGAUAUAUGCUGGAAUGGCAAUUGCAUUCAUUUUUAUUCUCAGCUUAAAUAUGUCCUCGGGAGGACCACACUUACCCAUUUCCCAACACAAAGAAGCUGAUGCCAAAUACCUCCACAUCCUCAUCCCCGCCAACAAACGCGACGUCAACCUCUGCAAAACCGUCGCCAGCGCCGCCGUCCUCAGAUAUCCCAUCCCCACGCUGGUAAACUGGAAAAAGAACUUUUCCGACCCAGUCUUUGGCAACGUCGGGGACUCUCACAUCGGCAAGAUCAAAGGCGUGCUCGACUACCUGAACACAUUCCCCGCAGACCGAGACGAAGAUCUCGUGGUUCUGGUUGACGGAUACGAUAUCUGGUUCCAGCUGCGUCCAGAGACUCUCCUGGAACGGUACUUUGAUAUCAAUCAGAGAGCAGACGAGAGGGUGCAGAAGCGCUUGGGGAAGAACGCUGUGAAGAAGGAGGGCAUUAGACAAAGUAUUGUUUUCUCGGCGCAGAAGAAGUGCUGGCCUAGAGAUAGCGAUGAUCCGGCUUGCUUCGCUGCUCCCGAGAGCUCCCUGCCAAAGGAUAUCUAUGGUCCAUUGACAGACACCAAAGUCGAUAAUGAAGAGAACGAGUACAUCAAGUUCCGGCCGCGAUAUCUCAACUCUGGAGUCAUGAUGGGAGAGCUAGGCAGCGUGAAGAAAUUCUUCAAUCGAUCCAUUGAAGUCAUGGCGCUGGGCCAACACAAAGGAAGCGACCAAAACGUCUUCUCGCAAAUUUUCGGCGAGCAGGAAUUCCAGCGCGAGGUCAUCAGAGAGAGAUAUCUCACCUCCAGCCAGCGUUUUGCAAGAUGGCUCAAAUCCGCAUUCGGCAUGAAAGAACCCAGUGUCUUGGAUCCCCACCCAACACACAAACUCAUGGCUCCCGCCGACGGCUCCCCCUUCGAAUACGGCAUCGGACUGGACUACGCCAGCGCGCUCGGCCAUCCAACUGUCUUCGCAGAGUACGACUCGGAAUGGAUCCGCUACGACGACCCCUCAUCCAUCGAGCAAGCCAGCAAAAAGCUCGGCAUCUCCCCGCAACACGUCCACCAUCUCCCCGACGACAUCGCAUCCUCCCUCCCUCCAUUCUGGUCCCAGAACCCCAUGGACGACAUGCUCCCCUUCGACAGGAGCUGGACCAACGUCUCGCUGCACACCAACCUGUGGACGACCAACGUCCCCGCCAUGAUCCACCACAACGCGCAUCUCAACGGGAUGAAGAACCUGCGGCAGAAAUCCUGGGAUAAGGUCUGGUUCCAGCCCGUGCUGAGACAGCUGCUAAAUGCGUAUGUUAAUGAGCCGUAUCGCGCGUUCGCGGUCCUGAGGAAUGGGGAUAGGGAGACGGCGUGGUGGUCCAAGUAUCAGAAGAAGUGGGAGACGCAUUCGGAUAAGGCUACGCAUGAGUGGGUGAGUUGGAAGGCGUUGUGUGGUGGGGAGGAGUUUGAGAAGGAGUUGUUUAGGGAUAGUUUGGGGCCGUGGGUGCCUCCGAGGUUUGAUUACUGA